AAAGACGGCAGACGUUUUCUUAGAAGGUAAAUUAACGUUACAGCGUGGAAAGACGGACAGUCGGAAAUUUAAUGAGACAAUACAACUUAUCAGAAGAUAUUUCCCAGCUGAUGGAAGUCCCAGAGGCUGAUUUAAAACCAGAGUUCCUUCAGACCCUGAACUCUUUUCGAGACUAUAAUUACCUUUUCUUGUUAACCAAAAAUUUUAAAGUACGGGAGAGGAAUUAAUGGAAGAAGUAUGUUAAUAUAUGUGUUUGUUCAUUAUUACUUGUUUAAUAUUCGCAAAUCUUUAAAUUCUUGCUGAAUUAGAGCGGUAAAGGUGAAUAGUAUGUCAAUAUACGUGACAGCUGACAGUCUUAUAGUUUUAUGAGCAGAAAAUAUAUCAUAUUUCAACCUAAACAAACGAUUCUUAGAACAUGUCAGUAAUGUAAGUUCCACCCUAUCAUAUCAUUUAAAAAUUAAAGUAAGUGUAAUAGUGUGACGAAAAUGUGCAGCCAGAUUUGAUUGCGACUAAAAUAUGGAGUCUCGGGAUAGGAUUUCUAUGCCCUGUCGGCGAAGCUAACGGACCAUUUUCAUGUUUUAUCCCUAAACUGCUAAUUGCUAAACAGGUGCUAAUCAUGACCUACUCCCUAGAAUUUGUAAACGGACAAAGAGAAUUAUUCGCUCUAUAUUAUGCAUAAAAGACAAGCAGAUUAACGUAAUGAAUCCUUAAAUAUUUAAUUUCAUGUUUCACAUUUCACAGUGCUCGCAAUACCUCUUUCAAGCUACGUCAACUCAAUUCAGGAUGGAAAACCACCGUGUCUCAGCGAGGCCAUGGCAACAAUGGCUGACAUUGAAAAUGCAUGUGCUGUUGAAAAAGCAACUGAAGUUUACAACGCAGAGAUUAAAAUACGUAUUGCGGCACAUAACACUCCUACUGAUACUGGUCUCGUUAACUUCCACAGGGAUAGCAUGAAAGCAGCCAUUGAAGUUUUGAAAACUGGACUUGUGUUUGAUGAAGAACAAGUGUACGGAGAACAAGCUCUUGUGAAGUUCAAAGAACUACUUAGAAAAUUCAAAUCAGCUGCAGACAAGAACUCGAAAGCUAUCUGUCAAAACAGGCUUGAAAUUAUUAAUUUGAAAGUGGUGAAGAAGAUCAAUAACCGUAUGUACUGUCAUCCUGCUUGUUACGACGAGUAUUUGAAGGAUAUUGAUUGGUUGAUAAAACAGUACAACAAGGAUGCAUUAUAUCUUGACACAAAGGCACGACCAGCACUUCAAGAGUUUCUUGAUGGUAAAGAAUCUGAAGAGGAAAAAGUGUAUCAAAUGGUCUUACAGGCACAAAAAGGGACUCAAGAAAAAUCUCGUCCGCGAAUACAGCGCUUACGUUCUCUCACUGAAGAGGAUCCUCAAACUCUAGCUGAAAAUGAAAAGAAGAAGGUGACUGAAGAGGAGAAGAUAAAAAAAGAAAUCAAACGAGAUAUUACAGUCCUGCAAAUCAAUGGUAUGAAGAGUAUUGGAAGUCAAUACCUUGAAAUGCUUGAUAUGAAAAUUAAAGAACUAGAGCACGUGAAAGAUGAAUUAUCGUCUGAUGAUCCGUAUUAUGAAUCACUCCUGCUUGAAACGGAGCACUGGAAGAAAUUGUUGGAAAAGGCAACUUGGAAUAUGCCACAGUACAAAAACAAAUUGCAGUCUAUAACAGAAUCAUCAUCUGAGGUAACGCACUUGACAACAAGUCAAGUUUCAGAAUCAUCGAAUCAUUUGCAAAGGUUGACGACAAACAAGAUAAUGCGAUAUCAAAACAAAAAGAAAGAGCACCGGGAGAUGGUGGGGAUGCCAGGCACAAAUACGAUGAAAAUUAUUUCCGCGUCAAACCUAACCCGGCACCGAUUGAUCCUGAGUCGAUUGAUUCCAAAUUCAUCAUAGAUCUUGAACGGAGGGAAAAUGAAAAAUGACAAAAAAGACGAGUGUCCCAUUCUUUGAUUUGGUGGUCUCGAAGGAAAUUUUAACUCAUGUGUUGUUAAUCAAAGCAUAUGGAUCAGGCAUUGAAAUGCAUACUUGAUAUAUAACAAAGGCGUUUUCCAAAACAUCGAGACCCGGAAAAUUUUGCAAAUAUAACCUUCGUAAAUUAGAAUUACUCUAAUGGAUUGUCUCGCGUUGAGAAGCUUAUUCGUUUAGAAUGUGUGUGGUAGAUAAAACGUUAUCAUACAUUAUACUUUAUUCUGUAUUGCUAUGCUACUACAUAUUCAGUUGUAAUCUUAUUAAAUGUAGGCAUUACGCAUGUUUCUUCGUGUUAUAACAUGAAAAAUUUGAAAAAUGGCAACAAGAGAUGUAAUUGAAACGGCAUGAUCUAUUUAGAAACACUAUGGCAAUUAUUUUUAAAUAAGACAAGCAGAAUUAUGUUCUUCAUUAUUGAAUAUUAUAUGUGUUUAGAUACAAAGUUUUAAGUUAUUUUUUCGUCAUUUACAAUCUUGCAUUUUAGCUAUAUAUAAUGAUAAUUCAUACAUACUCCUUUAUGGAAAACAUGCCGUAUGUUUUUUCAUAGAUUGCUAAAAUGUAGUAAAGUCCUUUCAUUGUCUUAAUGAUUAUUGUUUAAAGCCAUGAGUAUCUAAUUGACCUGUCGCC